UGUGUCGUCUCCUCCUCCUCCUCCUCCUUCACAAUCACGUUGAUUAAAGCUAAAGCCUUCAUUGAUGCUACUUCUCAUUCACCCUUCCUUUCUCUCACUCUCACUUUUCUCGCCGUUUCUAAACUCCUUUCUUUGCGUCCAUUUCUCCCAGAGAUUUUAAUUCAGAUUGUUCCCCCCUAGAAGAGAGAGGUUUACUUGGCGAUUCCUGAAUCUGAUUUGACUUGGAUCGAAUCCGAGUUUCGCUGAUUUUAAUCAUUGUCUAGGAUCGUCCCCGUCUAGGUAGAGUUGUUGAUUCUCGCUCUCUGCAAUGUCGUCGCCUUCUUUGCAAACGAUCAAGUCUUAUCAUCAUCAAGCACAGCAUUUGGUUAAUAGCUAUCUCUUGGCUGAUCCCUUCAUUCCCUACACUUCUGUUCUAACCGGCAUUUUCCUUUGCAAAGUGGUCUAUGAUCUUUGUCACUUUAUCAGCAACUCCCAUUCCAAGACCUAUAUCAUCCUCACCAAAAUUCAGAGAAUCGAAUGGAACAACCGUGGUAUCUCAACAGUUCAUGCCCUUUUUAUCUCUGCUCUGUCUCUCUACUUUGUCUUCUGCUCCGAUCUCUUUUCCGAUAGGUGGCAUAAUGAUCUUGUUGUUUUCCGGAGCUCACGUCUUUCCUCUCUUGGUUUAGGGUUAUCUAUUGGUUACUUUAUUGCUGAUCUUGGGAUGAUCUUCUGGAAAUAUCCUGCUUUGGGUGGACUUGAGUAUAUUGUGCAUCACUCCCUAUCUGGGGUAGCAGUGGCCUACUCCUUGUUUUCCGGGGAAGGGCAGUUGUAUACCUACAUGGUCCUCAUUUCCGAGAUUACUACCCCAGAGAUCAACUUGAGAUGGUACCUGGACACAGCUGGUAUGAAGAAGUCAAUGGCAUAUGUUGUGAAUGGCGUUUUCAUCUUCUUGGCUUGGCUGGUUGCUAGAAUUCUACUAUUCAUAUACAUGUUUUAUCAUGUGUAUCUCCACUACAACCAGGUCAUGAGGAUGCACAUCUUCGGAUACGCUCUGGUGUUUGGGGUACCCGCUGCACUAGGUAUCAUGAACUUGAUAUGGUUCGGUAAGAUUGUGAGAGGGGUGAAGAAAACAUUAGCAAAGAGAUGUGAAUGCUGAGAUUGGCAAGAGUCCACCUCAACAAUGUUGUACCAUCAGACCACUCAUCAUUUUCUUCUACUUCUUUCCUUCUGACAUAUGUCUCUUCUCUCUAGUUGUAAGUAGUUUUUGUCUGAUGGAGAUAAACAAAAAUGAAAACGAUCCUCUGACGUCUCUGUUAAUGAUCUCUUUACGUUUUUCAUUAUACGAAGUACUCUGUUUUCAUUCUA